AUGUUAUUCUGCCUAUUCCCAGAGUCUGAUACAGACCCAGGGCUCUUUGUGCUGCUGCUCUUGCCAUUGAGAGCUGAAUCCCAGAACUCCGGAGGCUGUACCCGGUGGUGCCCUCCAGACUCUACAUGUGUCAACGCCACUGCCUGUCGCUGCAAGCCGGGAUUCUCGUCUUCGUCCGAAGAGAUCUUCACCGACCUCACAGUGUCUUGUGAUGACAUCAAUGAGCGUGCGCCACCCACGAAGGUGUUCUGCAGAGAACUCGCAGAUCGCCAGAACGUGAGAGGGAGCUACUACUGCACAUGCAGCCCAGGAUAUGCGCCCACCUCUGGGGCAAAAACGUUCCACAACGAGAAUGAGAACACGUGUCAAGCCUACGGCAUCUGCAGCAACACCCUGGGCAGCUACACCUGCCACUGCCCGCCCAGCUUUGUGCUCAAACCGGAGGACCCAAAGCUCUGCGCAGACGUGAAUGAAUGCACCUCCGGACAUAACCUGUGCCACAGCUCCACCCACUGCCUCAACAAAGCGGGCAGCUAUGAGUGCCAGUGCCGCCAGGGCUGGAGGCCGGUUCCCGGGUCCCCCAACGGCCCAGCCGACACCGUCUGCGAAGAUGUGGACGAGUGCGGCUCCGGGCAGCAUCGCUGCCACACGUCCACCGUGUGCAUCAACAUUGUGGGAUCGUACAAGUGCCGCUGCCGCCCAGGCUGGAAGCCCAAACCUGGGCUCCCGAAUAACCAAAACAUCACUGUCUGUGAAGAGACGCCCUUUACCAACUGGACCCCGCCCCCGGGCUCCCACAGCCGGCGUCUGUCUCACUUCUUUGACAAAAUCCAGGAUCUGGGCAGAGACUUCAAGCCAGCAUCAGCCCCGGGCACCAUCGCCGACCUCAUGUGGAAUGUGGAUGAGCUGCUGGAGACCCCUGGGGACCUGGAGAACCUGUCCCGCGCACAGCAGCGCUGUGUGGCCACCCACCUGCUGGUUGGCCUGGAGGAUGUCCUGAGAGAACUGAGCAAGAACCUGCCCGAUGGGCCACUGACCCUCAAUUACUCUGCAGGCACAGAACUGUCCCUGAAGGUACAGGAGCAAGGAGACGGAAAUGUCACCUUGAGUCAGACUCAGGCAAAGAUGCACCUGAACUGGAAUCUGGCACAGAAAUCUGGUGACACAGGCCCUUUUGUGGUGGGCCUUGUCUCCAUCCCAGGGAUGGGCAAGUUGCUGGCUGAGGCCCCCCUGGUCCUGGAGCCUGAGCAGCCGGAGGCUCUGCCUGAGAGACACAAGGGCUGGCUGCAGGAGGCCCCCGCCAUCCUGCUCUCUCAUGUCAACUCUGCCUUUCUGAGCAACAGGGACGCCCAGAACCUCAGCUCCCCAGUCACUUUCAUCUUCUCCCACCGUUGGGUGAUCCCUGGGCCAAGGCAAAAGGUGUUCUGUGCCUUCUGGAAGCCUGGCCAGAAGGGACGUGGUCAUUGGGCCACCACAGGCUGCAGGACGGUGGACCCCAGAGACACCAGCACCACCUGCCACUGAAGCCACCUCAGCAGCUUUGCCGCCCUCAUGGCCCACUACGACGUGCAGGAGGAGGAUCCUGUGCUGACCGUCAUCACCUACGUGGGGCUGGGACUCUCUCCGCUGUGCCUCCUCCUGGAGGCCCUCACCUUCCUCCUGUGCAAAGCCAUCCAGAACACCAGCACCUCACUGCACCUGCAGCUCCCGCUCUGCCUCUUCCUGGCCCACCUCCUCUUCCUCACGGCGAUGGACCGAACUGAACCCAAGGCGCUGUGUGCCAUCAUCGCUGGUGCCUUACACUAUCCCUACCUGGCCUCCUUCACCUGGAUGCCGCUGGAGGGCCUGCUCCUGCUCCACACUGCAUGGCACCUGAUGGUGGUCAGCUUCUCCAGUGGGAGCAGAUUCAUGAGGAAGCUCACGUUCCCUGUGGGCUACGGAGUCCCGGCUGUGAUCGUGGCCUUUUCUGCAGCAUCUCACCCUCGCCUUUAUGGAACACCUGCCCGCUGCUGGCUCAACCCAGAAAAGGGAUUUAUACGGGGGUUCGUUGGACCCGUCUGUGCCAUCGUCUCUGUAAAUUUGGCUUUCUUUCUGAUGUCCCUCUGGAUUUUGAAAAGCAGACUGUCCUCUCUCAACAGUGAAGUGUCUACCCUCCAGAACACAAGGAUGCUCACAUUUAAAGCAACAGCUCAGCUCUUCAUCCUGGGCUGCACGUGGUGUCUGGGCAUGCUGCAGGUGGGUCCAGCUGCCCAGGUGAUGGCCUACCUCUUCAUCGUCAUCAAUGCACUGCAGGGAGUCCUCAUCUUCCUGGUGUACUGCCUCCUCAGCCAGCAGGUCCGGGAGCAAUACAGGAAAUGGUUCAAAGGGAUCAGGAAAGUGAGAGCCGAGUCUGAGGUGUACAUGCUUUCCAGCAGGGCUACAUCUGACACCUCUGGUCCCGGCACGGUAAGAACACGCAUUGCUCCCGAGCACAUCACUAACUGGUCCACUGGAACAGCACAUACCUAUCAUGUUGGCCAACCUGGGUGUACGGCACGUGAUACUCUAGGAUGGCUCACACUUGGAUGA